AUGGAAAAAGAAAAACGCGUAAAAUUGGAGGAACGAAGUGGAGAGCUUAGCCCUAUGAAAACUCCAAAUGAUGGAAAUUCAAAAGAGGAUUGUUCAAAGAAACGGCAUUACGCUGCUUCCACGUCGACGAAUCUCACUUUUUCAGAUCGAAAUAAGAAAUUCGGAUAUGGACCACCGUUUCUUUUCUCGCUUCCUGAACCCAUUAAAAGUCCUUGGAAACGUUUAAAUUCCCCUAAUUUUGGAAAGUUGGGCGCACGAAUGAUAUCCGGGAAUGCCUUAAAAAGAAGAGAGGAAAAAAAAAGAAAGCAUAUCCAUCCUUUUGCCAAUGAAAAUAUGCAAUUCACGUUUCCCAAGGAAGAUACAGGUGAUGCCAAAAAUAGUAAUAAUAAUAAGUUAAAGUCAGAAGAUCGUUCAGGACAUGAUUUUGCUCGCCAUAUAAAUCUAAUACUUGAUAUGACACCAAAAAUUUUCAUCGUCGUACUCUUAUAUUAUAUAUUGCAAUUUUCUUGGGCUAUUCAACAAGCGAUAGAAAUUAAAGCGGACGAAUAUUCACAAGAAUUACAAAGAUCAAUAUCUGAUUGCUCAAAAAGUUAUCUUGAAAAUCGAUGUACACCAGGAGAUCGAGUUCCAGCAUUAGAAGGUCCUUGUACUCAAUGGGAGAAAUAUCCUUUAAUUAAAAUUCAUAUAAAUUUUCUAGCAAGAGCAACAAUUUCCGCCGAGGUAUUAGGUGAAAUCAUCAAUAAUUUGAUGGAACAGUUUUCAUAUAAAACCAUGUUUUUUAUGGCUGCAAUUGUUCUAGUAAUCUUCGUAAUUCGAGCUUUGGUUGAUAUGAUCAAGACACGCAUAUCUAAUAACUAUUCCCAUCCAGAAACUCCUCAUCCUAUAAUGCAUUCAAUACCUAUUUCUCCUGAGCAUAUGACGCCGAUACGCCAUAUGUCACCAGGAAGUCCACAGACUCCUCAACAAAAUAAUGUUGGAGUUUAUUAUGUGUUGAAACAUUGA